AAGCGCCCAAAAAAUAUCUUUACUUUCCUCAUAGGAGGCUUUCCUGAAUAGAGGACGAAUCGACAUUUUCUUAAUUCCAACAUCCCCUUUAUUGAACUAGUGAUGGACCCGGCCAUAGGUCUGCAUAGACCGCCGGGAAGCCUUGUGGUGACCACUUCGCCCACUGAUACUACCAAGGAGAAUUUUAUUUUUACGCCAAAUACUGAGACCUUCAGUCCAUCAAAUCAAGUCUCGGACUUACCACCUACCCUUGCGGUGGACGGUCUGGAAUUAGCACAUGAAGAGACACCCGUUCUGGAAGAAAAAGUAAAGAUAGUGCCACUGCAGGAUGAUGUCGAGAGUCCAAUCAUGACAGUGAGGUCUGUCUUGAUUGGCGUCCUUCUGUCCGCUUUUGGCGUUUCAGUUACGCAGCUAUUUGUUUUCAAGCCGGUUCAUAUGCAGAUAAAGCUCAUGUUUCUUCAAAUAGCAUCGGUGGUUAUUGGUCGAGGUUGCGCAUUAAUACCUGGUCCCAGAUGGUGGAAUCCAGGACCUUUUAGUUUGAAAGAGGCCGGUUUCUCUGCGCUGAUGGGAACAACAGCAAGUGGUGCCACACUAGCAGCAGAGAUGAUAGUGGCGUACGAUUUAUACUUUGGCCAGGUUAUAAACUUUGGCGUUGCCUUUGGGAUUUUGAUGAGCUCACAACUUUUGGGGUUUGGAUGGGCAGGUUUACUUCAGCCUAUCUUGGUUUAUCCCUCUCGGGCAGUUUAUCCCGAAGCGCUUCCCAGCGUCUCUCUUUUGACGUCCCUGAUCAAAGUGGGAUCUGAAUCGGAGGACCAGGUGAAAUUCUUCAAAAAGGCUUUUCUGGCGGUUGCAGUUUAUGAAGUCUUCCCGACAUACAUCACGCCAGCUUUCGAAGCCAUCAGUGUCUUCUGCUUGACUUUACCGAAAAACCAACUCAUUACCACCAUAUUUGGAGGGGCUCGACCAUUUGAAGGCAUGGGGAUGUUCAGCAUUUCUGCAGAUUGGUCCAUGGUCGGUGGCCUGGGACCACUAUAUAUGCCUCUCAGCACCCAGAUCCAUCAAAUUGCUGCUUUGAUAGCUUCAACUCUGGCUUACUUCUUGGUUUAUUCAAAGUCCUGGUUGGGUGCUGGAGUUAACGAAAACUUUCCCUUCAUGUCCGCCAGUCUACUGACUGCAGACGGCAAGCCAUAUCCAUAUCGACAAGCCAUAAAGGCAGAUGGUACAGCCAAUGAGGAAUUCAUACAAAGAGCCGGACUUCCUUUUUUCACUGCCACCUUUUACUUGGUUCAGGUUCUCCUUUCAGCUUGUUUAACUAGUUCCAUUUCGCACGCUGUGUUGCAUAAUUACCACAUCUUUGGUUCACUGUUCAAGAAAUCAAAAAGCUCUGAAGCGAUUGACCCACAUCGACUUGCUUGUAUGAAAUAUAAGGAUUUUCCACAAUGGGGAUUUGCUGCAAUUGUGCUUGUUGCGGUUGCCUUGACUUUCGGGAUGUCAUCACUCAGUAACUCUGGAAUUUCUUUGGUUGGUUUACUUGUUGCUCUAGCAGCAUCUUUCUUGAUGACACUAGGAACGGGGUUUAUUUUUGCUACUACCGGCUUUAUAGUUCGGUUAUCUGCAGGUAUCCAAAUGUUUGGUGGCCUUCUGUUCCCGGGAAACGUUUUUGGCAGCAUGUGGUUUACAAUUUACGGAUCAUCAAGUGCUAUACAAAGCUUAAUCAUGCUGAUAAAUCUGAAAUAUGGACAAUACAUACCCUUACCUCAAAAUCUUGUAGUCCGAUCUCAACUGAUAGGCUGCACUGUUGGAAGCUUGGCUACUCUGGCAGUCGUGAAAUCAAUCCUGAAGUACGAGCGUGAGGUCUUACUUUCGCCGAACGGAAAUGGUGUUUUCUCAGGUGCUGAAGUUGCUGCAUUCCAGGCUCGCUCCGUAAGCUGGGGGAUUUUCUCUAGGCGCAUGUUUCUCUUUGGUCAAAAAUACUCGGCGGUCAGCUGGGGGAGUCUAGUUGGACUGUUCCUUCCCAUCCCCUUUUUUAUCGCCCACAAAUUUUGGCCGCGAUACAAACUCGGUCUUUUCAACACCCCCCUCUUCCUUGGGAUUAUCCCUAGCUUAUACACAUCGGCCUACGCAGGAGAACCCAUGCGUAUUGUCAUUGGGUUAUUGUCACAGUUUUGGGCCCGCAAGUAUCGCAACCGAUUGUUCACAAAAUACAACUACAUUUUGUCUGCCGCUCUCGAUGGCGGGACGGAGCUGGUGGUAUUUUUCCUGGCCAUGGUUUUCCAAGGCGGUGGUGGCAGAAGAAUCAAUUUUCCUGCAGAUUAUUGCUUCAUGAAUCCUGAGGCUCGUGGGGGUGCGUCAUAG